AUGUCGGCUCACCAUUCAUCUUUCACUCUCAGUCCUCUACGCAUGCCUCACCCGGAGGAGUUCAUGGACUAUAUUGCCAAGGGCUUGGGUUCACGCGCAUGGAGAUACCAGUUGGUAGAAGCGUUAGAUGGCAUGCAUCGCAAGUUUACCCACCCCUACAUUAUAUUCUACCCAACCGUCUCCCAGGAUGGCCUACCUUUCCCCAUCAACAACCUCCUUUGCGAGAUUCAAGGGCCUCUCUUCCGAGAGGAAGUGGCCUGGCGAGGCAACAUCAUCAUUGCUAAAUACCGCGACGAGCCCUUUUCUUCAAUGACCAAUGUGUCCAUAGCUGACUUCCCCAUCCUAAAAAACUAUCUCAUGACGCACGGCUCACCUGUUUAUUGCUGA